AUGGCCAACCAUGCAAAGCUGGUGGACCAAGAGAUCUAUAAGAGUCCGGUGGAUGAUUUCGAGCUUAACUAUGCCGAGUAUCUGAAGGAUGAUGAGGAUGAGGUGGCUCCGGAUGGCAAGGAAAUCGCUGUGAGCAAGGCGCCAAAGACUCGUGCCAACCAUGGCUUGGGGUGUCGGAUGAAAGGUCUGUUUGAUGGCUUUGGUGGUCACGACAUCAAGAACAUCAUGCGUCAUAUGCGUCGUCGUCAUCCUCGAAAUGGCCAAGCGCUGACCAAUUUCAUGUUAUCCGGAAAAAUGGAAAAAGUCGUGGACCAACAUGUCCGCGAUUUUGUCCACCAUUUUGGCCGGAUCAAUCCGGACAAUGGAAGAAUCAUGGGAGCGAUUCGAGGCAACGAUUUUUUCAAUUUCGGAGGUCUUCAUAACAAUCUUGGCAAUACUGGAAAAGUCUAUUUGGAUAAAUUGAUUAGUGGAAAAUGCGGGAAGCGGAAGGUUCAUAAAUUCAAGCCAAUUGUUCCGGAGUUGGAUUUCGGGGGAAAAGGAGCUGAGCCAAAGGCUCCAGGAGGUACUGUAGCGCCACCAUCCAAGCCAGUAGCUCCAGUGCCCACCCCAACCCCAACCAGCCCAAUAUCUCCCAUCGAAUCUGUCUAUCCCACUCCCAAAGCUUCAGAUUUCGGUCUUGAUUUUGAGACUGAACGAGAAAAGUGUCUUCGUAACAAGACCCUAUUCGAGGACCCUGAAUUCCCAGCAAACAACUCUUCUCUCUACUACCGUACUCCACCAAGGGACAGGAUUAUCUGGAAGCGUCCCGGAGAGAUCAUUAUGAAUCCUCAAUUGAUUACUCAGGGGGAAUCGAGAUUCGAUGUGAAGCAGGGAGCAUUGGGUGAUUGUUGGCUGUUGGCGGCGCUGGCUAAUAUCACUUUGUACGAUGCGCUGUUCUAUCGGAUUGUUCCACCAAAUCAGAGUUUUACCGAGAAUUAUGCAGGAAUCUUCCAUUUCCAAUUCUGGCACUAUGGAAAAUGGGUGGACGUGGUUGUCGACGACCGUCUCCCAACUGUCAAUAACAAAUUGUACUAUCUCCACUCAGCUGAUAACACUGAAUUCUGGAGUGCCCUAGUUGAAAAAGCAUAUGCGAAACUUCAUGGUGGAUACGAGAACUUGGACGGGGGAACUACUGCAGAGGCAUUGGAAGAUUUCACCGGAGGACUCACAGAGUACUUUGAUUUACGGAAGAGUGAUAAGCCUACUGUACUGGCCGCAUUGGUCAAGGGAAUGGAGAUGGGAUCGUUGUUUGGGUGCUCUAUUGAUGCCGACGCCAACAUCAAAGAGGCUCAACUCCGGAAUGGUCUUGUCUGCGGACACGCCUACAGUAUCACUGCAAUUCACAGUAUUCCCUAUUACGGUCAGGACACCACACUCAUGAGAUUAAGAAACCCAUGGGGUAAUGAGAAGGAAUGGAACGGCGCAUGGAGUGACGGCUCUAUGGAAUGGUCGAAAAUCGACGAGGCGACCAAGAAACAAAUCGACGUUCAGUUCGCCAGGGACGGCGAGUUUUGGAUGAAUUUCGACGAUUUUUUCGCCAAUUUCACACAAAUGGAGUUGUGUAAUUUGACUGCCGAGAUAUUCGACGAGAUUGCUGAGAUGACUGGAGUGGACAGGGCUAAGGAGACGUCUCAAGAGGAGGAGCAUCAAUGGCAUGAGGUGAUGGAAGAUGGAGAGUGGAGUUCUAAAAAAGGCACAGCUGGUGGAUGCAACAACAACCCCUCAACCUAUCCCAAGAAUCCCCAAUUCGCCGCCUCCUUCACCGCCCCACAGUCUUCCAUAGAAGAGGAUGGAAACGUUACUGUAAUCGUAGCCGUCCUUCAGAAGUAUCGAAGAGAAUUGAAAUCCAAAGGAAAGGAUCUUCUCCCGAUUGGAGUAUCCAUCUACUCCGUCGGAGCAUCUGGAGGCGCUAGAAUCCCUCUGACUUCAGAAUUCUUCUCCAGAAACCGUGCCAUUGCCAAGACUACGAUAUUUGUGAAUACCCGAGAGGUUACUGUAAGAUUCCGUGUGCCACCUGGCGAGUAUGUCAUUGUUCCGUGCACUUUUGAUGCUUACGAUGAUGCUGAAUUCCUUCUCAGAUGUUAUGCAAAUGGACAGCUUAGAUUUUUCAAGUCUUAA